AGGAAAACAUCACGGGGUUGUUUUUGCUUUCAUACACUUCGGUGUAGCGACAUGUCAGUCGUUAGCAUGCUAACACUGCUAACAGCCUCUUGAGAUGUUCCGCUUAUCAUUCACUUCAACCUACUUAGCUGAUUAUCUUUGUUAUAAUCAAAACAUAAACUGCGUACUUGCUAUUCUCGCUUAUAUGCUACUCGUGUUACACAACUUGCAACAGAGUUUAAUUAAUUUCUUAUGCAUCCAAAUGGCUGUGUUGAGGCUAACUGCUAGCUGUUUUGAUCAGUGGUGUUAUAUUUAACGUCCAGAAAGGAACUGCGCGGAUUCUUUGAUUAAAACAUAUAUGUAUGUUUUGUAUUUAGGCACAGCUCACAUUUGUUUCAUAUAUUUUUAACGCAUCGUAUGAUUUAUUUAUCCGGUUUAAAAAUUUAGUUUGGUUAGCCGCUCAGGUAAACAGCAGAGUUGUGCUUGCUUUUCUCUGGCAGUCUAGAAUGAUCUGUCACUCUGUAGCCAUGCUCUUUAAAACAUUAGCCGUCGAUCUCCGCAGCCACUGCUAAUACAACUACGCAACACACACGGCAGAUAAGACGUUAAGAUGAUUUUGCUUUUACUGUAAAUAAGGCCAUAAAAUGCAAUCCCCUAACUUUACCAGUGGCAUAAAAAUGUGACAGGAGCAUAAGUGUACUUAUAAUAUGUGGUUAGACCUUAUUUAAACGUCUGCUUAACGUCUGUAAAACUGGAGGAGGGUUACUAUGGAGCUAACAGCAGAAGGAACGGUUAGCUGCUGGAUUUUCUAUUUUAACCAUGUAACCAUAAACCUGAUCUAGUAUUUCAUUGAUUUCAAUGCUACGAUUUUGCUAAUUACAACCUAACUACACCAGAAUUGUAAUGUCCCUCCUUACCGAUGUAUAAGAUAAACACCGACGUAGGAAUAUAUGUGUCCACAAUGUGAGUCUGGAUUUAUUGAGGAGCUGCUGGAAGAGAGAAGUGCUGACAAUGGGUCCAUGUCCACCAUGUCCAGCGGACCCCAGAACCAACAACCAUUGGAGAAUCUUGACCAGCAUUUAUCUAUGUUCCCCUCCGGCUUUGGUCAGUUUUCCGUUAGCGUCUUUGAUGACACCUUUGACCUUGGGCCUGGACUAAGGACAGAGGACAAUCGGGAUGCUGAAAACCAGUCAGAAAGGGACAUGUCAUCUCGGCAGCGAUAUAGUGCCAGGCAGAGUAGAAGUCGUCAUGGUUCAAGACGGCAAGCAGGAAGGCACGACGGAGCUCCUACUUUAGAAGGUAUCAUCCAACAACUUGUGAAUGGAAUAAUUGGACCUCCUGCAAAUAUUGGUGUUGGGGCCUGGGGGGUUCUCCACUCCAAUCCAAUGGACUAUGCUUGGGGUGCUAAUGGACUUGAUGCUAUCAUAACACAGUUAUUAAACCAGUUUGAGAACUCGGGUCCACCGCCUGCUGACAGUGACAAAAUAAAAAGUCUUCCUACAGUGGAAAUUACCGAUGAGCAUGUUGCUUCAGGACUGGAAUGUCCAGUGUGUAAAGAAGAUUACAGUGUUGGAGAAAACGUGCGACAGCUCCCGUGCAAUCACAUGUUUCACAAUGAUUGCAUAGUCCCCUGGCUGGAACAGCACGACACUUGUCCAGUAUGCAGGACGAGCUUGACUGGACUGAACACGGCAACAAACCCUCCAGAACUCUCAGAGAUGAACUUUACAUCCUCCCCUUCCUCCUCAUCCUCAUCCUCCUCCUCCUCCACCUCUUCUUCCCCUCCGUCCUCGGAUUCCACCAGCAACGAGAGCUCCGCUGAUAACUCGUAGGCAGGGUAUUUGUGUCCGUCACUUCAUGAGCCGGUUUCUGCUCCUCGGCUGAGCAGUGACCUCCUGUCCCUCCCUGCUGAAGGGCAGAGGCCUGAGUGCAUAUCACCAGGAUCACUCAGGCCUGUUUCAGGGGUAAGUGAUACAUGUGUUUAUGUAUUUCUGCCCGCUGUGUCCCCUCCCUGCCCCCCCACCACCGCCACCUUCAUCAGGAAUGUGAACAAUGGAAGGGCAGACGCCUCCGGUGCAGCUUGUGACUGGGAGGAAGUGGAAAAGCGUGAAAACGUCAAGAGAUUCGUGGAGUUCAAAGCACCUCUUAAAAGAGGAGAAUCCAAAGGUAGAAGACCAGGAGAGCCAAGACGAUUACCAGUGUUUUUGUAAACCUCCAGCCUUGGUUGAUGUAAUAUGACCCACUUUUGCGAUAGGCAAAACGUAUGGGAUUCCUUUUUGUAAUAAGUCGCGUACAAAUCUUUGAGUGUGCAGCUUCAGUGUGCAUUCAAAUGUAUUUAUGGUGUGAAUGAAUAUUACACUUCAAUAUAUUUCCAAUUAAAAUUUACAAUAGUUUGUAGGAUUGUUUAUUUUGAACGAGUGAUCUUAUCUGAUGAAUUGCAGUGAUUGUUUGAAUAAAACUAGUCUUUUUUUUUUUUUUAUGUCCAGUACGUGCUAACCUAAGUAUUUUUAAAAUUGAGAUUUCUUUUAAUCUCAGUUGCUGCAGUUUUUGGUGACAAAAUCUAAGCAUUAUACAAAAAAAAAAAAAAAAAAACAAUAACAAAAAACAGUUUGAGAUGUAAACGUGCACGCUCGAUGUAUAGAGGUUUUUAAUGCUAACACAGGGGCCCACUUUGCACAUGCCCAAUUUGCCUUUUUUUUUCGUUUUUUUUUUUGCAAAAGCACAUAUGCAGUGAGGCAGUUAAAAAAAUCUUUUCCUCAUCUGCCUUUUGUCCUCACUUCGUUUCCAUGUAGCGUCAAACUAAAGCUGCUGUAGGUAUUUUUGCUGCGUUCAUGUUGUCUUGGAAGUCGAAACAACUCUGAUUGAGAGGGUGCCUGUUGCAAGUCAGAAAACACUGGGAUUUGCUAAUAGCUUUUGUGCUAACAUUCUUUUAGUAAUACACACCUGUUAUACAUUUCUCAUGAUAUUCAAACUCAAAAGGAACUUAGAUUCUUUAGAGCACUAAAGGGAAUACAAGCCAUGGGAAUUGUUUAGUAAUGUCAUUAUCUUCCAUCUGCAUCUGCCCAUGCAGGACACUGAAUCGAGAGCUGCUCUACGAGCUCCUUCUUUAUCAGCUGGAAUACUGAGGGGAUAAUUUGCGAAUUUGAAUUGGCAAAUUGUUUUGCUGACUGAGAACUCUAAAAAUCUGACUUCAGAGAACAAAGAAGCACUACUUAAAAAGAGUAAAAUGUAUGUUAGAGAACAGAAACUAGAGCUGAAUCUUUAGCCCCAGCUCUGCUCUUGCAGAUUUAUGGAUCUUUGGAGUAGUAUGUCAGCAUAGCAAAAUGUCAACAUUUUGCUACUUGCUGGCAAACAUAGGUCUUAAACAUUUUUUUUUUUUAUUAGAAUAUGAAGAUUCAGAGAUAAAGUAUCAGUUAAAAUAGCUGGGGUGUAAAAAUCUCAUUAGGAUUUGUGGGAAUCAUGUCUAAUUCUUGCAAAGUAUUUUUUUUUUAAAUAAAGUUAUUUACUAAUGUCUUCAGUUGAAAAAAUUUCAAUCG